CUGCCUCGAUUUCACACCACCUCGGAUGGCUGGGGCAAGUAAUGGCGGACGCAAAAGAUGCUGUUCUUGGUAAAUCGAAGCAAAAUAAGCAUAAUAAAUCAGGAGACAGAAGAACAAAAAGGGCUCCUCCUCGGCCUGUGAAGUCUAAAAAUACUAUUCUUGUCCAUAGAAAAUCAGAUUUUAAAACCCAAUUAGAAAGAUGUCAGCGACUUUUAGACAAAGGAGAAGAUGAGCUACAAAUUCAUGGUCUAGGAGCAGCUAUUAACAGAUCCAUCAACAUGGCAUUGCAGUUGCAACUUAGAGCAAAAGGAACUUUAAAAUUAAUCACCACAACAUCAACAGUUGAUUUAGUGGAUGACUUUGAGCCAGUGCAUGAGGAAAUAGAUCCUUACGCGAAAUCACGAUCAUGUUCUGCAAUUCAUAUUAUUUUGAGAAAGAUUGCGAUUGAAAAGCUGAUUGCAGAAAAAACAAAAUGAAGAAAUCAUUCAAACCAAAGCCUACCAGCCCUGCUGAGAUUCAAGACUUGGAGCCUAUACAAAAAUACAGGCUGGUAAAAACUCAGCAAUAUGGACAUAAUUUAUCAUAAUUUGUCAAAUUUUAUACAGUUAAAUGUAAAUAUACAACAAAUUACAUGAAAUCUUGCAGUUUGACUGUUCUUCUAACAGCAUUGCUGUAGCCUUCAUUAAAUUUAAACCAAACUUGUGUGUUUACCAAA